GUCAGUUCGGAAGACGGGGGUUGAAAAUGCUAAAAUAGAAGUGUGAAAAUGAAAUCGGUCUUAUUAGUGUAACUGGAGUGCCGGCAGUAACAACAACGGAACACAAUGUUGAGGAAGCAGAUAACCUCAAUCAAGCGUAUCCUCAAAAGUUCAGAGCCGAUGGAUUGCUUUAAAAUGCAGCUCAAAACACUGAAAUUAUUCGGAGUAUUUCUCGAUUCAUCCACGACCGUGUACCGUAAGAGUUUGUCGAUUUUCCCAAGCUUUUUGGUUCUGAAAUUGUGUGUCGUCUCGACACUGUACAUUCUGGCAGACGACGUCGCCUUCGAAGACAAACUGCAAGGUUCAUUCACAGCGAUAACAUCGUUUCUCUGUGUCGUUAAAUUGUAUUACACUCUGAAGCAUCAAGAAAAAUUACUUAACCUGCUAAAGACUCUGAAAUCUCGUGUCGAUUAUGUCACUGAGGAGGAAACGAAGACAUUAAACAGAGAAGCCGUUUUUCCUACAUUUGUUUGUUAUUUAAUGCUGCAAGCAUCGAGUGUUAUUUCGUGUUUGACCUACGGUCUUUUUCCUAUUGGAAGUAGCAAUUAUAACAAAUCUUUCCCGGUCUAUGGAUGGUAUCCGCACUACUUCAGCACAGGAAACGCAUAUAAAUUAGCAUACACUAUGCAGCUAAUGAGCAUCAUAAGUGCGUCAACACUUUGGGUCUGCGUUGACACAAUCAAUUUCGGAUUGCUGGCGCAUCACAACGCAAUGUUAAAAAUUUUAGGACUACGUUUGUCUCACCUCGGUUGGCCUCGGGAACCGAAGAAGAGAACCGCAAAUGAUGCGCACAAUUACAACAGACUCUGUGAAUGCGUUGAGUAUCAUCUGCAAAUUUCCAGAUAUCAAAGCGAAACGACGGAGAUAUACAGCUCCAUUUUGUUUGCUAAAAUUACGCUGUCGGUGAUGAUAAUUUGUUCGUUUGUUUACACACUCGGUUUGAAAGUGUCGAAUUAUGGCAGCUUUACAGCUCAUAUGGGCAUACUCAGUGUGAUCGUGUCCACUUUAUUUAUGAUAUCUUGGACGAGUGAACAGAUUUGUGCUACCUCGGAUAAUCUGCUAAACAAAGCGGUGGAAUGUAAUUUUCAACACAUGGAUCGAAAAACGAUCACAGCGCUAUUGAUUGUCAUGCAAGGACUGAACAACACGGUCUUAAUUGAAGUUGGUUCUACGUUCAAGAUUAUUGUCAAUUUGAAAAUGUUUGUCAAAAUCAUGGACUUUGCUUAUAAAUGUCUAGCACUUCUGAAAACUGCAGCCGCUUAAAUAAAAUACCGAAACUUACUUAA